AUUUACCGUACUUCAUUUGACCUAUAUAACGCCUCUGAGGUAAAUUAUAGGGUUUUUCACUUUUACCUCUCCUCCUCCGCGCAACCACCGUCGACAAGUUGAACUCACGGCAGCUCGCGAUGGCUCCGAAACUAUCCAAGGCUGACAAAAAGGUCAACUACGACAAGAAAAUGUGCAGUUUGUUGGACGAGUACGCGCAGGUGCUGGUGGUGGCCGCCGAUAACGUCGGAUCGAAGCAGCUCCAGAACAUUCGGAAGGGUCUGCGAGGCGAUUCCGUCGUUCUGAUGGGUAAGAACACCAUGAUGAAGCGAACCGUCAGAAUUCACUCCGAGAAUACCGGCAACACCGCGAUUCUCAGCCUCGUGCCUCUGCUUGUUGGUAAUGUCGGAUUGAUCUUCACCAAGGGCGAUUUAAAGGAAGUCAGUGAGGAGGUUGCAAAGUACAAGGUCGGAGCACCUGCUCGAGUCGGCUUGGUAGCUCCAAUCGACGUCGUCGUCCCGCCUGGAAACACCGGUCUUGAUCCAUCACAGACUUCCUUCUUCCAGGUUCUCAACAUUCCCACAAAAAUUAACAAGGGCACGGUCGAAAUCAUCACCCCUGUGGAGCUCAUCCACAAGGGUGAGAAAGUGGGAUCCUCUGAAGCCGCAUUGCUCUCCAAGCUUGGCAUUAGGCCGUUCUCGUACGGCCUCGUCGUGCUCUCCGUCUACGACAACGGAUCCGUCUUCAGCCCCGACGUGCUCAACUUGACAGAGGACGACCUCGCCGAGAGGUUUGCGCAGGGCGUCUCCAUCGUCACUUCCCUGUCGCUGGCCAUCGCGUACCCGACCAUCGCUGCUGCCCCGCACAUGUUCGUCAAUGCGUACAAGAACGCGCUGGCCGUCGCCGUGGAGACCGACUACUCGUUCCCUCAAGCUGACAAAGUGAAGGAGUAUCUUGCGGAUCCUAGCAAGUUUGCGGUUGCGGCUGCGGCUGCUCCGGCAGGAGGUGGCGCUUCUGGUGGUGCCCCUGCGGCCGCGUCGAAGGAGGAGGAGAAGAAGAAAGAGGAAGCGGACGAGGAGUCGGAUGAUGAUUUUGUUUGCAACCUUUUCGAUUAGGUAAUAUUAGUGAGUUCAGUGAAAGGCUACCUUUGGGCUAAAUAAUUUUGGCUUUAUGUUAUUUAGGAGUUAGUUUCCACUUCUUACCAAAUAUUUUAGAGGUAGUUAGUUUGUAGUGGAAUGUGAAUUGUUUUGGUUAGGCCAUUGAAGAAAGAGUCGUUUUCCCUCGCAAAAUAAAAAAAAAUAUAUAAAAAACAUGAUUAAUCUUAA